AUGCUUGAUUGCAAUUUGCCUAGUGGUCUGCACGUUGGCAGAUCCAACAUCAAGCAAGUGGCGGCCAAGAGGGCGGCUGAUGUCCGAGCUUUCCUGGCUUCGCUCUUCAGAAAAGCUGAUGAAAUCGCUCAUUCUGAUCUGGUAUACACCUUCUUCCAUCCUUUGCUAAGAGAUCAGCAGGAGAGCGAUGUACAUGCACUGAAAUGCAAAGAACGAAGGCCAACUGCAAGAUCAGAUCAUUCACUUUUAGCUGGUCAGUUGAAGUUGUCUUUGCACUAUCAUCGUGGUACUUUGACCGUGAUGGUUCACCAUGCAAGAAGUCUACCUCUGGUGGCUGGUGGUCAGGAACCAAAUACAUAUGUUAAGGUAUACCUGAAACCUGAUUCAUCUAAAGUUACAAAACGCAAAACAAAAGUUGUGCGUAGAAGUUGUCAUCCAACGUUUAUGGAAAUGUUGGAAUAUCGAAUGGCAUUGGAUGUGAUAAGAGAUCGAACACUCCAUGCAACUGUAUGGAGCCACGAUUCCUUACAAGAAAAUGAAUUUUUAGGUGGUGUCGAACUGAAAUUGUACGAUUUGGAUCUGACUAAUGAAAUCACAGAGUGGUUCUCUCUUGUCCAUGUAUCUAGAUGAGUAUAAUUGUAUUUUUAUUAACCGAAAAAUCUGGUCUUUUAGAUGGUAAUUUAUUUAUCAUCUACAUUUACUACGAAACUCUAAAAUUCGUAAUAAGGAUAAGAUUAAGUUUAAUAGUUUAUCAUUGAUGUUGUUUUGUUUUUUUGGUUACGACUAGGUGAUAUAAAUAUGUGUUUGUUAUUCGGUGAAAGUUUAAACUUAUUUAUCUAAAAAGACAGUUGUCACUUUUGAUGUGCGCAAGAUGUGGAAUGAUAUCUGCAAAAUUAUCUUUCGAAUUAUAGAAUAUCAUGCCAAAUUUGAAUUAUCAAUCGACUCAUAUUUAAAAUUACAAAUUUCAUAUAAAUAUCUCAUUUUUGUAAUACCAGCUUCUCAGUAUGGUCUUGCAACUACUACUUUUUUGAAGCAACAUAUUUUUUUACAAAUUUUUAAGAAUCCAAUAUUAUCAUUUAUCCCAGUGCAUCAUUCUGCAACAAUUUAUAUAACUAUUACUAUAAAUCAACAUCAAUU